AUGCGUUACUCUACACUCGUUAGUGCCACUUUGUUGGCAGCCGCUUCUUCAGUUGCAGCUAUUGGUGAUCUUGCGUUCAACCUUGGUGUGAAGAAGAAUGAUGGUACAUGUAAGGAAAAGGACGAUUAUCUUUCAGACUUCCAGACUUUGAAGGCUUACACCAGCAAGGUUAAGGUGUAUGCUGCUUCUGACUGUAACACUUUGCAAAACUUGGGUCCAGCUGCUGAAGAAGCUGGGUUCACGAUCUUCUUGGGUGUUUGGCCAACGGAUGCCAGCCAUUUCGCUGAGGAAAAGGCUGCUUUGUCUCAAUACUUGCCAAAUCUAAAGACCUCUACCAUCGAGGCCUUUUUGGUUGGUUCCGAAGCUUUGUACCGUGACGAUCUUUCUGCUUCUGACUUGGCCAAUGCCAUCAAUGAGAUCAGGGACUACGUCAAGGACAUCAAGGGUUCCGACGGUAACUCGUUCGGUGACAAGCAAGUUGGUACUGUGGACUCAUGGAACGUUUUGGUUGACGGUGGUUCUGCUCCAGCUAUCCAAGCCUCUGACUUUGUGAUGGCCAACGCCUUCUCUUACUGGCAAGGUCAAACCAUGGAGAACUCUUCUUACUCGUUCUUCGAUGAUAUCAUGCAAGCUUUGCAAACCAUCCAAUCUGCCAAGGGCUCCACCGACAUUACUUUCUGGGUUGGUGAGACCGGCUGGCCAACCGACGGUACCAACUACGAAAGCUCCUACCCAACCUUGGACAACGCUAAGCAAUUCUGGGCUGAAGGUAUCUGCGCUAUGAGAGGCUGGGGUAUCAACGUCGCUGUUUUCGAAGCCUUUGACGAGGACUGGAAGCCAAACACCUCCGGUACUUCCGAUGUCGAAAAGCACUGGGGUGUCUGGACCUCCGACCGUGACUUGAAGUACUCUCUAGACUGUAACUUCAGUUCCAACUGA